UGGCCCACCCUCAGGACCCUCACCACUCGUCAGAGAAGCCUGUCAUUCACUGCCAUAAGUGCGGGGAGCCAUGCAAGGGCGAAGUGCUCCGCGUUCAGACCAAGCAUUUCCACAUCAAAUGCUUCACCUGCAAAGUGUGCGGCUGCGACCUGGCCCAGGGAGGCUUCUUCAUAAAGAACGGGGACUAUCUGUGUACCCUGGACUACCAGAGGAUGUAUGGGACACGGUGCCACGGCUGUGGGGAGUUCGUGGAGGGCGAGGUGGUAACUGCCUUGGGCAAGACCUACCACCCCAACUGCUUCGCCUGUACCAUCUGCAAGCGCCCGUUUCCACCCGGAGACCGAGUCACAUUCAACGGGAGAGACUGUCUCUGUCAGCUCUGUGCACAGCCGAUGUCCUCCAGCCCUAAAGAAGCCACCUGCUCCAGCAACUGUGCCGGCUGUGGAAGGGACAUUAAGAACGGGCAGGCAUUGCUAGCUCUGGACAAGCAGUGGCAUCUGGGCUGUUUCAAGUGCAAGUCCUGCGGGAAGGUCCUCACCGGCGAGUACAUCAGCAAGGAUGGCUCCCCGUACUGCGAGAAGGACUACCAGGGGCUCUUUGGGGUGAAGUGCGAAGCCUGUCACCAGUUCAUCACAGGAAAGGUCCUGGAGGCAGGGGACAAACAUUAUCAUCCCAGCUGCGCACGAUGCAGCAGAUGCAACCAGAUGUUCACAGAAGGGGAAGAAAUGUAUCUGCAAGGUUCUACCGUGUGGCAUCCCGACUGUAAGCAGUCCACCAAGACAGAGGAGAAGCUUCGGCCACCAAACAUUCCACGUUCUUCAUCCGAUUUUUUUUACCCCAAAAGUCUGAUUCGUCGCACAGGACGGUCCCCAGCUCUACAGCGUCUGUCGCCGCCCUGUCUGGUGAACUCCAACCAAAACCCCAGGCAGCCCACCAGGACCUCCUCUGAAAGCAUCUAUUCUAGACCAGGCUCCAGCAUCCCUGGCUCUCCAGGCCAUACCAUCUAUGCAAAAGUAGACAACGAAAUCCUGGAUUACAAGGACUUAGCGGCCAUCCCCAAGGUCAAGGCAAUCUAUGACAUUGAGCGUCCUGAUCUCAUUACCUACGAGCCUUUCUAUACCUCAGGCUAUGAGGACAAGCAGGAUCGACAGAGCCUCGGAGAGUCUCCAAGGACUUUGUCUCCAACUCCAUCUGCAGAAGGUUUUCAGGAUGGCCGGGAUCGGAUGAUCCACAGGUCCACCAGCCAGGGCUCCAUCAACUCCCCUGUGUACAGCCGACACAGUUACACUCCAACCACGUCACGCUCGCCCCAGCACUUCCACCGACCUGAGCUCUUGUCUCCUGGUGUGCACAGGUGGUCCCCCCUGCGCACCAGCAGCUUCAGCUCCACCCACAGCGACACCCGCCCCAAUCCCCCCUUCCGACACCACUUCCUCCCCCAUGUCAAAGGCAAUGAGCCGUCCAGCGGCCGGAACUCCCCUCUCCCCUACCGGCCCGACAGCCGCCCUCUAACUCCAACUUACGCUCAGGCCCCUAAACAUUUCCAUGUUCCAGAUCAAGGGAUCAACAUUUAUCGAAAACCACCCAUCUACAAACAGCAUGCUGCCUUGGCAGCCCAGAACAAGGCUUCAGAAGAUAUCAUCAAGUUUUCCAAGUUCCCAGCAGCCCAGGCGCCAGAUCCCAACGAGAUACCAAAGAUUGAGACGGACCACUGGCCGGGUCCCCCCUCACUUGCCGCCAUAGGAACUGACCCGAGACGCAGAUCUAGUGGCAGAGAGGAAGAUGAGGAGGAGCUUUUGAGACGCCGGCAGCUUCAAGAAGAACAGCUGAUGAAGCUCAACUCAGGCCUGGGGCAGCUGAUACUGAAGGAAGAGAUGGAGAAGGAGAACCGUGAACGAGCGUCCCUGCUGGCCAGUCGAUACGACUCUCCCCUCCACUCAGCUUCACAUGCUCCGUCAUCUAAAACUUCAUCUCUCCCUGGUUAUGGAAAGAGUGGCCUUCACCGGCCAGUUUCCACAGACUUCGCCCAGUACAACAGCUAUGGAGACGUCAGUGGCGGAGUUCGAGACUACCAGACCCUCCCAGAUGGCCACAUGCCUGCGAUGAGAAUGGAUCGAGGGGUGUCCAUGCCCAACAUGUUGGAACCAAAGAUAUUUCCAUAUGAAAUGCUCAUGGUGACCAACAGAGGGCGCAACAAAAUCCUGAGAGAUGUGGAUAGAACCCGGCUGGAGCGCCACUUAGCCCCAGAAGUAUUUUGGGAAAUCUUUGGGAUGUCCAUACAGGAAUUUGACAAGUUACCUCUUUGGAGACGCAACGACAUGAAGAAAAAGGCUAAACUCUUCUAAGUCCCUCAAGUAAGCGACAAUCAGGAAAAGGACUCUCAGUGGCGGUGGUGCCUAGAACAUUGUACUAAGGCCCAGAAUUGAUCAGAGAAUUCAUUCACCACCAUCUCCCAGCAGCAACGCCGAGGGCAAGUCUGAUCCUAGCACCGUGAGCCACAUCCUGGGCCAAGCAACAGUAACCCUUGCCAAGCAGUGACGGGGUGGAAUUUCUAUGUUCCCAAAUUCAGCAGUAAUGUCCACACACGACCUUUUCCCGUGACUCUGUGGGGCUUCUUUUUCCUUUUUACUUCCCCCUUUAACCAAUGUCUAACUUAGUGCUGCCUGUGUUGGUAAGAGUCAGCAAGUGCCCUUAGGAAGCCACACGGGAGGGAUGCUGGGAAUCCUGAAGUAUGAAUCUAUUUAUUCUGUAGCCCUGUGGCUGAGAGGAAUCCAGGGGCCUGCAUCGAUCUGGUAUCGGCAACUUUGCCUGUCAUUGGCAGCCUCCCUCGGCUCUGCCUGGGCUCUGAGGGACAUGGAACUCCGUCACGAACGGGUAGUUCUAAGCACGCGGCUGAGUACCAGCAAAAAUGAUUUAAAUAAGCUUCGUUCUCUUCCUGUGUGCUGAGACCUGGCUGGCCAACUGCUAGGGGGAAGAAAAUAUAAGACAAAGGAAAAGGAAAAAGGAAUGAAGGAACCCUCCCUCCCUCCCUGAAAGCUUUUUCUGCUUCUGAGGCUAUGCUCAGCCCUUCCUCCCUAUAAACUGACAGGAACUGCCAUGUCCACCUUUCCAAAGAAAGCAAAGGCAAAAACAGUCUCCAGAUUGGUCCGGCUGCUGAUAGGUGAUUUUUGCCCAUGAAUCAUGUAUCUCUUAGAGAAGAAAACUCUGUGCCCUGCCUCAUCACAGGUCUCCUCCUCAGUGUCUGUCUGUCUGUCUGUCUGUCUGGCAUCCGAAGGGUCAGGUCAAGCCCAUGCUGGUUUUGUGUUUUAAGGGCGUAGACGAAGGGAAGACAUGUUUUUCUGAAGUAGCUUGCUUUCGCUCAGCUUGAUUAACGAGCACGUGUGUUCACAUCUGUGCGUAACCCACCCAGGGCCGAUCUGUGAGUCUGUAUGUGCUUUCAGUCUCUGCUUGGAUGUUGACCGUGCUGUGCUGUGGCUCUGAAGGUCACCUGCAGGAGAGCGUGUGAUCCAGAGGCUCUUGCUUAGAGGCCAGCCUGUUCUGUGAGCUGUAGGGACUUCAGAGGACCCUGGAAGGAAGGCUGGCCUAGUUUAGGGCUCAGAACGUCCCACCAGAGCCCUUCCAUGCUCUGUGACUCUCAGUGUGAAUUGGAAUGCCCUUCUUUCAUUACGGUGUGUGAAUAAGGCCACAUCGUAAGGAUUGGUGUGAGUUGGAUUAGGGUAUCCAGAGCCACGGGGAAGAAGUUAGAUCUCACUGAUCGUCCUGCUGUGGUGCUCCUCUUGGGAAUUUAAGCUCUGAGUUAAAGCCACGCAGGAAAGCAUUUGAAUUCACCCACAAUCACCACUCAGCACAAAAGGCAGAAGUUCCUUCUGAAGGAUCAAAGCGACUAUCUGUCUGCUGACACCUGCUUGAAAGAUUGAGCAGCACAGAUUCCCAGCCCAUGAUGCAAGCCUGUGUGUGGCUUGUGACCCGCUUCUUUGGGUUCUCCUGCUGCAUUCCUGUAAGAGAGUUAGGUAUGAUAACCAGUCUCACGAGUGUAUGUGGAUCUGUUAGUACACUUGGCAAGAGGGCUGGACCGCUGGCCUGGGUAGGUGGGUCCCAUGCCUUCUGGGGAGACAGACUGCACAGGUGGGUUCUCUGUAUGUCUCUGGCUUCUUCCUGAGUUCUCACAGUUUUUUCUCUAACUGCCCUGCUCAUUGCUGGCUGCCUCAGCACGAGGCCUGUAUCAUGUUGUUCUCACAUUACCCUGUCAGCAUACAGGACGGGGAGUAGGGCACAUUCACAGUGUUCCCAGUCAGCAGACAUGGUGGCCUUGUGGGAGAAUUUAUCCAGUAUGGGGAUAACACGACCCUCCAUGCUUUUUACUGGUUAAUGCUAUCUCUUACAAUGAUGCAGACGAGAAAAAAAACCAAAGUAUUCAGGAAACAGGGUUGCUAAGGUUCUGUACCUGCACUCCAUAAAGUUAUUGUGGCUCUGUCCUGACCUAGGAGAGUUCAGCUACAGGGGAGGAGAGGGAGACAGUCUUCCUCUUUAAGUUACAGAGAGCCUUAAAUUAAAGGGCCUGCCUAGGAUUGCAAUAAUUGAAGAAUCGAACUCUUAAAUUCUUGCAAUAACGAAACCCUGCCUCCUUGACUGUUUGAACUCAGUUCUUCAUCUAAAUUGGAAAAAAAGUUGCAUUCCACAUCAGCACAGUAGCCCAUUUAAACUGUAUCAAGCAACAGUGUAUCUCUAGACUACACCAGUAAGAACCCUGGCUGCUCUGGGGGAGGAGAGCUGGGAAGUGUUCAUGUCAGGAGUGUAGCUCCCACAGAAGAUGCCAGCCAGAGGCUGUGUGAGGAUGAUGUAGUUCUAACUGCCAGACGCAAUAUCAGUGAUAUUAAAGACUCCGCGUGGCUGACCACAGCAUGGGAGUGCGGACUUGACUCCAUCCUGCUGGACACAGGAAAAUUUCAGUUGCUAAAAAUCCAAACAGCUCGUUCACUUGGGGGAGGAUCCUAUGCAGGGCGGACUCGGUGCAUACAUUAAGGGCUAUAUUUUCUAGCAUUUGACUUACUUGUGACUUGAUACAGAUUGCAUGGCCUAAAAGGCUUCUUGUGGCCACCUGGGAGUCUCCGUGUCUUCUUCAAAACUUCUCCAAGAGAGUCCAGGCUCUCAUGUCGUCUUCCUGUGCAACCUAUUAGAGAUAUGAAAAGCCUUUGAAAACAGCUAGCUCUGCAUUUUCAUAUUAGUGUGGAGUUUGUUAUGAAAUAUUUUUUCUAUGACUCCUUCAACAACUAAAUAUGAACUGCCUGUUCUCUAAACCUCUAAGAGAAAAACUGGAGCUAAGGUGCAAAAUCAAGGGGGGAGAGAUAGUUUUCUAUCUGUCCUGUUCUCUGUUCUCCCCAAGUCCUGAUUCUGUUGCCUCCAACCAGAGCCGCCUCCUCUCCUCUUUCCUGAGGCACAGCCCUGCCCCUCGAUCUCUGUCUACUGUCAGUCACCUCCAGUGUGGAAAGGUUCAGCUGGAGAUGUUUCUAAAACAGACUACUUUACUUUGAAGCAAACAUCUUUUUCUUAAAGAUUGCUUCACCAAUAAUGCUGUCAAAUAUAUCUGCUUUUGCAAGUUUAAAAUAAUUCAAAUUAACCUCCCUUGAGUCUUUGCUAAAAAAAGAAAUAAAUCUCAAGUAAACUUGGAGUGGCGUUCCAGGGCGUGUUGCAGGAGCAGGCAUGGCUCCAGGCUGUGCACUCCAUGAACUCUGGCUCUGAAGAGAUUUCUAGUAACUGUUCACUCUGUACUUUCUGUGCCCGCCUCAAUUUUGAAUUGCAGUUUUUUUUUUCCUUCGUUAGACAAACCAGGGCUCUGUAUGCUUCAAGUUCACUGUUUUGUGCCCCUCCCCCACCCUUGGAAGAACUUCCUAGGCAGAUAAAGAUGGUCAGGGCUUUGGAUUUGCAGUGAUGUGUCUUCCGGUGGCGUUGUACAGGGAAGGAACACCCAGGUCCACUGGAACAGGAGAACAAGCAAGUCUUCAGCAUCCACAAGAUUACUGUUUGCAUUUUCUACCCAUGAGCGGAGGGAGACAGCGGCACAGGGAGAGCAGAUCGCUCUCGCUAGUGCAAGAUUAUUAUCGCAGCAAACUCACAAAGAAGGGGACAAGCGGCUGUUUCAAACGGAAGCUUUCUAAGCAGACAGUGUGUGCACAAUAAAGUUCAGCAGAGCCCACGUGUGCUCCCAGAAGCUUAAUGUAAUUGAAUGGCAGUUAUCACUAAAUAAAAUUCUUUUCUGAGUCUCUCUCCCAA